AUGAAGUUUGUACAAUCACUUUUACUAUUAUUUGUUGUAAUUGUAUCGAUUGUAUCAUCAACAUCAAUCAUAGAAUCAGUCAAGGCUAUCGAUCCAAGACUAUAUGAUUUAAUACUUUCACAACUUGGAGGCUCAAAUCCCGAUUUAAAUAGAAACAUUACUCAAUUGAUUGAAGCAAGAGGUUACCCUGUUGAACAACAUGUUGCUGUAACUCCAGAUGGAUACAUCCUUUCAAUUCAAAGAAUUCCAGCAGGACGAUAUCAACCAAAUCCAAAUCCAAACCGUUCCAAUGGAAAGCCAGCAGUACUUCUUCAACAUGGUGUAGAGGAUAUUGGUGUCAGUUGGGUCAAUCAAGAAAACGUCUACCAAAGUUUAGGCUUUAUUUUGGCCGACGCUGGUUUUGAUGUUUGGAUUAACAAUGUUCGUGGUACCUACCUUAGUAACACAAAUAUUUAUUAUACUAGUGAUCAAGUUGAAUACUGGCAAUUUUCAUUUGAUGAAAUGGCAGAAUAUGAUUUACCAACAGCAAUGAACUAUGUAUUGAGAGUUACUGGUAACAGUAAGAUAUCAUAUGUUGGACAUUCCCAAGGUACUACAAUGGGAUUCAUUGGAUUUGCCAAUGAAACUCUUGCCUCCAAGAUUGACUUGUUUGUUGCUUUGGCUCCAGUGGUACGUGUCACUCAUUGCAAGAGCACCUUCCUCAACUUGUUGGCCAAGUAUGAUGUUGCCGAUUUGUUUGUUUUGUUGGGUGACAAAUCAUUCCUCAUCCAAACACCGGGUAUGCAAAAGUUCCUCCAAAUCAUCUGUACCUUUGACCCAUCGAUCUGUCAAAACUCAUUGGCUCUCAUCAUGGGUUGGGAUACCGCCAACAUCAACAGCACCCGUCUCCCAGUAUACAUGAGCCACGAACCAGGAGGUACCUCGGUCCAAAACGUUCUCCAUUGGAGCCAAGCCGUCAAGACUGGCUACCAAAAGUUUGAUUAUGGUACCAAGGGUAACUUGGCACACUAUGGUCAAGCCACACCACCACAAUACAACAUCUCUGCCUUUAAUGCUCCAGUCAUCAUCUUUUACGGUUCCAACGAUUAUCUCGCCGAUCCAGUCGAUGUCCAAUGGCUCAUUCCACAACUCCCAACACUCCUCUACAACAAGUAUAUCCAAGGUUACUCUCAUCUCGAUUUCGUUUGGGGUGAAAAUGCCUACCUCGAUGUAUACCAAGAAGUUACUCAAUACUUACUCCAAUAUACUUCAAAUUAA